UCUGUUUCUCCCUCCAUCUGCGCGUCAUCACGCUGCGCCUGACUUGAGUAUCAUUGGCGCCAAAGAAGACUGGAGAAGCGUUACUGUCCCGCAAUUUGUCAAAAAAUAAAGAAACGCUAUUGACACAUGCUUAGAAAUGGACAUCCGGAGGUUUUUUGCAUCCACCAAACCUGCAGCCCCCAAACCUUCAAAUGGAAGCACCAGCACGGAUGAAGAGCCGAAGAAGAAACAGAAAUCAAAAACCAAGGUCACAAGUCCCACAUCUGAUGAGAAACCCUCUGGAAAACGAAAGAAAAGAGUCAUAAUUGAUUCAGACUCUGAGGAUGAAAAGAAAAAGGAGAAGAAGACCAAGAAGGUCACUAAAGAGACUGAUGCCCCCACAGUGAAGAAACACCCAGUAACUUAUGUGUCUGAUUCUGAUUCGGAUGAUACGUUUAUGACUCUGAAAAAGAAGAAACCAAAAGAAAAUGGAACAGCUAAAGGCAAAAAAGAACCAGAUUCAGGAAAAGCAAAACAAGCGAAAGUCUCAUCCAGUAAAUCCCCGACCAAAUCCCCAAGCACGAUCUCAAAAGGAGGGGUGAAGAGCUCUCAGCCUACCAUCUCCCCAAAGACUGGACCAACGCCACCAAAACAAAUGCCCACUUCUGUAAUGGCCUUCUUUGGGAGCUCAAGUGUUCAGAGGUCAGACAAGAAAAUGGUGGCCAGUGCCAGCACUAAAAGGAAGGCACCCACGCAGGAAACUGAUGAGUCGCUCAGUGAUGAAGCCAUUGCGAAAGAACUUCAGAUGGAUGAAGACAUGGAGUUGGAAAAGCAGAUCCAUGAUGAUGAGGAAUUUGCAAGAACAUUAGCCAUGCUGGAUGAAGCUCCCCAACCGAAAAAGGCUCGGGUGGACACUGUCUCCCCCUCCAAGAGCAGCUCUCAGGCUACUGCCCCAGACACCAAACCCAAAAAGGACCCGUCCCCUAAAAAGAGUCCUGUAAAGGCCAGCUCCAAACUGGCUCAGAUGAAAAGGCGACAAGAAGAAGUGGAAGAGCAAAAGAAAAAAGACAAGGUUAAGAUUUCUCCUAAGAAAGAGCCAAUCUCACCAACUAGCUCAGAGCGGGCAGCUACACCCAAAACAGGAAGUGCUUCUGCAGGAAUGACAAAAUCAAGGAAUUUUUCCACACCUAAAAGUGACGGUGAACCCAGUAAAAUCUCACCAACAAAACCAGAGAAUACAAGUCCUGAGGACCUAGAGAAAAAACGGGCAAAUUCAUCAGCGUAUCGUAACUAUCUGAACAGAGAAGGACCACGAGCACUGGGGUCUAAAGAGAUACCACAGGGAGCAGAGAACUGCCUGGAGGGUUGUGUGUUUGUGUUGACCGGUGUGUUAGAGUCUAUGGAGAGGGAUGAUGCUAAGUCACUAAUAGAGCGAUAUGGCGGCAAAGUCACAGGAAACGUCAGCCGAAAAACCACUUACCUUGUUCUGGGACGAGACAGUGGAGCCUCCAAGACAGAGAAGGCGGAGAGUUUGGGCACUAAGAUCAUUAAUGAAGAUGAGUUGUUGGAACUCAUAAGAACAAAACCAGGCAAGAAGUCAAAAUACGAGAUUGCGGCAGAGGCAGAGAAUAAAUCCUCUAAAACAAGGACUCCAGUCUCUAAGGGCAAACCCACUACUCCAUCCAAGAAGGCCACACCACAAGGGCCCAGCCCCAACAAGAGAAUCCCUUCAGCAGGAAAGUCUAAGCCUGGCUCUGCUUCUAAAUCUCGAACACUUGGCGCCUCUCGUUCAGAGGUCAAAAAGAGUUUGAGCUUUGAUCAAUCCAAGAGCACAUCCCCUGUAUCCCACUCUACCCCUGAGAGUGAGGGUAGCAGCCUGUUGUGGGUGGAUAAGUACCGCCCCCGUAGUCUGAAGAACCUGAUUGGGCAGCAGGGGGAUCAGAGUUGUGCUAACAAGCUUCUGCGUUGGUUACAGAACUGGUAUAAACAUCACAGCGGCAACACAAAAGCACCAUUAGCCAAAUUUGGCAAGUUUGGGAGUAAAGAUGACGGUUCUGGAUUUAAGGCCGCAUUGCUUUCUGGGCCUCCUGGUGUUGGGAAGACAACUACUGCUGCUCUCGUCUGUGAGGAGUUGGGUUACAGCUACGUGGAGAUGAAUGCGAGCUGCACCCGCAGUAAGAACAGCUUAAAGGAAGUGAUUGCAGAAUCACUCAACAACACCAGCAUUAAGAACUUCUAUACUGGUGCAUCUCAGACAGUGAGCAGUAAACAUGUCCUCAUAAUGGACGAGGUGGACGGGAUGGCGGGAAAUGAAGACAGAGGAGGAAUACAGGAGAUGAUUGGUCUGAUAAAACAGUCAAAGAUUCCCAUUAUCUGCAUGUGUAAUGACCGCAAUCAUCAGAAGAUCCGCUCGCUGGCCAACUACUGCUACGACCUGCGGUUUCAGAGACCCCGCGUUGAGCAGAUCAAGGGGGCUAUGAUGUCUAUAGCUUUCAAAGAGGGUCUGAAGAUCCCACCCCCAGCACUUAAUGAAGUAAUUCUGGCGUCCAAUCAGGAUAUUCGGCAGAUACUGCAUAAUUUGAGCAUGUGGUCUGCUAAAGACAAAGUCAUGACCUAUGACCAGGCCAAAGCUGAUGCUAACAAUGCUAAGAAGGACAUGAAACUGGGUCCAUUUGAUGUGUGUCGGAAGGUGUUUGCUUCAGGAGAGGAAACCGCCCACAUGUCUUUGAUUGACAAAUCAGACCUUUUCUUCCAUGAUUACUCUUUAGCACCACUGUUUGUUCAAGAAAACUACCUGCAUGUCCGUCCAGCUGCUGCAGGGGGAAACCUGAAGAAUCAUUUGGUGUUGUUGAGUAAAACAGCAGACAGCAUUUGCGAUGGAGAUUUAGUGGACAAACAAAUCCGCUCCAGACAGACAUGGUCUCUUCUUCCCACACAGGCGAUUUAUGCAAGCGUGUUGCCGGGGGAACUGAUGCGGGGGUAUAUGAGUCAGUUUCCGACCUUUCCCAGCUGGUUGGGCAAGUUCUCAUCAGCUGGCAAACACAGCCGCAUCAUACAGGAGCUUGCUUCACACAUGAGCCUAAAAACGUUAAGUAGCAGGGAAGCAAUAAAUCUGGAUUACCUGCCGUAUUUGCGCUCAGCAAUAUUAGAGCCUCUUCAGUCGCAAGGUGCAGAGGGAGCCAGUCAGAGCGUGAAGCUCAUGGAUGAUUACAACAUCAUCAAAGAGGAUGUUGAUAACAUGAUGGAGAUCAGCACAUGGGGUGCACAGCCAGAUCCUUACUCUAAACUAGACUCCAAGGUGAAAGCUGCAUUUACAAGAGCCUACAAUAAGGAAUCCCAUCUUACGCCAUACUCCUUACAAGUGGUUAAGAAAAGCCGUAAAGGUGCUGUUGACCCUGAGCUUAUAGGAGAGCUUGAUGGUGAAUCCCAGGUCCAGGAAGAGGAAGAAGAUGAUGGGGUUACCGCAGAUGCAAUGAUCAAGCAGAAGAAAGCUAAACCAGCAAAAGACGUCAAACAAGAGAAACCAGGGGCUUCUGGGAAGGGGAAAGGCAGAGGUAAAGGAAAGGCCAUGAAGUGAGAUAAACACGAGCAUACGAGACAGAAACUCCUCCUCUCUCUCUCUCUCUGUCUGUUUUCACAAAGAUGUGAGUGGCUGAAUGACAUCAGCUCUAUAAACAGAACUUUUCUGUCUGUGAGUCAUACUUGUGCACUUCCUGAAAGCCAUCACUCAGCUUAAACUGCUUUCAGCAGAAUGGACACUGCAGGGACCAGGAGCUGGGGGUGGACCACACAUUUUCACAGAAGUUAUUAUAUAGUUCACAAUUCAUCAAGGGUAUCAGACUUAACACAUGCAUCAUACUGUUAACACGUGGCAUUGACGCUAUAUUCAUCUCAAAGGUAAACAGUAUUAAGGGCACUUAAUGUCACUGUAAUCGUGAAACCCUCAUGACAAAGUACACGAGUAUUUUAAUAUAUUAGCCUCAGUUGUUCACGAUUUAACACGCAUACAUCCUCUUCCAGACUUGGAUACCAACUGUACUUGCUGCAUGUCAGCUAGCAACCACACAUUGUGUAAAUAUGUAUCUGCCAUAUUAGCUUUUUUCCCUUUGUUACUUUGAAUACUUGCAGAUAAAUAUAUAUAAAUAAGCCCUUUCUUAGUGUUUUCUAUGGCAGUGAUUUUGGAUACAGAUUGAUAGUGUCUGAUAUUAGCCUGAAGAUUAUUCUGUAAAUGACUAAAUGUGUGAGAUUCAAGAAUUAAAACAAGAAUUAUGUCGUAGAGAUGUAUUGUGUUUGCUU